AUGGAUGCAGCAUCUGACUUGUCCUUUAGAAGGUAUACCCAACAAACUCGGGAAUGGUCAUCAAUGAAGUAUGGUCCAAUCAUAGACAUUGAUUUGAAGAUCCCUCCAAGACCUCCAGGUUAUGCUUUUGUUGAGUUUGAGGAUGCUCGUGAUGCUGAAGAUGCGAUUCACUAUCGGGAUGGUUACAAUUUUGACGGCUUUCGAUUACGAGUUGAACUUGCACAUGGUGGUCGGGGAUAUUCAUCAUCAGUAGACCGUUACAGUAGUUAUAGUGGUAGCAGUGGUGGCCAUGGAGUUUCCAGGCGUUCUGACUAUCGUGUUCUGGUCACUGGAUUACCUCCUUCUGCUUCAUGGCAAGCCCUGAAAGAUCACAUGCGUAGAGCUGGUGAUGUGUGUUUUUCUCAAGUCUUCCAUGAGCGUGGCGGUAAGUGGAUUAAGAUCUAA